UAGGGUGCUUUUCGAAACCCCAUGGACAAGCAUGGUAUCCACUCGUCAAGGGAAGUGCCCCCUCCCCCUGGUUACUACUACUAGAUAUUACUACCAUUUACUAAAUGCAGUAGUCAGUAGACUAGAAAGUCUAGAUCUAGUUCUUACAGAUCUAGACGAAUAAUCACCUGGUUCUGACCUGAUUAUGAGAAAGCCAUCAUAUUUUGUUUGCAUUCACUGUUCACAGAUUUUCUGUGUUUUUUUUUCCUUCAAUUUUCCUAAUAAAAAAUUCAGUAACAGUCAUGGAGCCAGACACACUGCUGCUGAUUAGAUGGUUUAGGAACCAAUCAGAGAACGUGGUUGAAUAUAAAGACAUUAUAUGUCCUCAUCGUCGCCAUCCGAGGGUCGGAGAUGCAGUCGUCAUGCCAUGGGGGAGGGAGAGAUGGCACGGCAAGGUGCUACAAAUUUCGAGAGAGGACUCGGAUGAAGAUGAUGACGAUAUUCCUUUGAAAUUCCUAAGAGAAAAGGGAGAGAGAGCUGCAGCUGUCAUAGAGGGAAAUAUUACAGAAGAUAAAGGAAAGAGAGCUGACCUUGGAGGAGCUGUCACAGAAGAUGAAUGUAUCAGCAUUCUUGGAGAGGUGCUUAGAGGCAGGCAGGAGCAUCAUGUAGAAAUUUGUGAGCACUUUGGGUGUGCAGACGAGGUGUUUUCUGUUUGUGUCGUGUGUGAGGUUUUCCUGUGCUACAAGCACUUCGUAGAUGACGACCCAUGUUCAGAGCAUAACAACUAUGCGGGAGUUGUCAAUAGACCCAUGGCCUUACCUUGCGAGAAGUCCACAGAAUCGGUCAACCCCGAUAGACCCAUGGCCACACCUUGCGAGAAGUCCACAGAAUCGGUCAACCCCGAUAGACCCAUGGCCACACCUUGCGAGAAGUCCACAGAAUCGGUCAACCCUGAUAGACCCAUGGCCACACCUUGCGAGAAGUCCACAGAAUCGGUCAACCCCGAUAGACUCAUGGCCACACCUUGCGAGAAGUCCACAGAAUCGGUCAACGCUGAUAGACCCAUGGCCACACCUUGCGAGAAGUCCACAGAAUCGGUCAACCCCGAUAGACACAUGGCCACACCUUGCGAGAAGUCCACAGAAUCAGUCAACCCCGAUAGACCCAUGGCCACACCUUACGAGAAGUCCACAGAAUCGGUCAACCCUGAUAGACCGAUGGCCACACCUUGCGAGAAGUCCACAGAAUCGGUCCACCCCGAUAGACCCAUGGCCACACCUUGCGAGAAGUCCACAGAAUCGGUCUAUCCCGAUAGACCCAUGGCCACACCUUGCGAGAAGUCCACAGAAUCGGUCAACCCCGAUAGACCCAUGGCCACACCUUGCGAGAAGUCCACAGAAUUGGUCUAUCCCGAUAGACCCAUGGCCACACCUUGCGAGAAGUCCACAGAAUCGGUCAACCCGGAAGAUGGCAAGAUCAUAUCAGUAUCAGCUUAUCAAUAUCACACAACCAUGCCAGCUUCUGCACAACCAGCUCAAAACCCAGAAAGGUGUGAGAAAAAGGAUGCUAGAAAGAGGAUUGCUAAUCCGGAGAUGUGGGCACAGAAUGUGCAGAAGAGGGCGCGCAAUGCUGGUAAGGCAUAUACAUCUCGGGAUGGCACUGAGCGGACAGAACGCAGGAUGGGCCCUCCUUGUGGGGAGUAUUGUAGGAAUAAAUGCAAUUCUAUUUUAUCCCAGGAGCAGCGCCAACGGAUCUUCAUAGACUACUGGAGCACAGGCUCAUAUGAGCGGCAACGUGACUUUAUCUGUCAGAAUGUCACAGAAAAGGCAGAUAAGAAGCAAAGGGCAGUUCGACAAUACAUGCUGCCUUCAAGCAUACACAAUGAUAAGGUUAAUGUCUGUCAGAAGUUUUUCCGUAGCACUCUUGGCAUUGGUAAUAAGUUGAUUCGCCAUACCUUGUCAACAAAGCAUGGGAAUGUGUUCUGUAACAAAGACAGAAGAGGUAAGCACAGCCCACAUAACAAGGUGGCUGACAAUAAUCUGCAGGGCAUUAGGGACCAUAUUUCUAGCUUCCAAUGUGUACCUUCUCACUACUGUAGGAGCUCCACGAAAAGGAAAUACCUCCCUGCAGACCUAAGUGUGGCAAAGAUGCAUGACCUUUAUAAACAGGAGUGCCCUGCACCUCAAACACUCAAGAUCUACAGGAAGGUAUUUAAUCAAGAAUUUAAUUUAGGGUUUCAUGUCCCCACAAAGGAUGCAUGCAAGACGUGUACAUCAUUUGCCAAUAAGCUUCCUGCAGAUCAGUUGGCUCAACAAGAAGCACAAGAAAUGCACCUCCUGAACAAGCAGAAUUCGAGGAGAGAAAAGGAAAAUGACAAACAACGUGCUUCUAUUGACCCCUCUUUUUCCUCCUUUUCUUUUGACCUCCAGCAGGUCCUGUCAUGCCCCGCAGCCAGUGCCAGUGUACUCUACUACAAACGGAAGUUGUCGUCCUACAACUUCACAGUUUAUGACCAGUAUGACCAUGAGGGAAAAUGCUUCAUUUGGAAUGAGCUCAAUGGUAAAAGGGGCUCUUGCGAGAUAGGAACUUGUUUGCUAAAGCACCUAUCAGAGUUGCCAGAGAGAGUGCAGCAUGUCACUCUUUUCAGUGACUGUUGCGGGGGACAAAACCGCAACAAGUUCAUUGCAGCAACAUUGCUCUAUGCAGUACGCACUACAUCCAUUUGUGUUAUAGAGCAGAAGUUUUUAGAGAGUGGCCACACUCACAUGGAAGUAGAUUCCAUGCACAGUGCCAUAGAACAGGUCAAACGGAAAGUCCCAAUCUACCAUCCAGAUCAGUGGGCAACUCUUGCAUCUGCAGCCAGGAGAUCACAACCAUACCAAGUUCAGCAGCUCAUGCAUAAUGAAUUUCUUGACCUCAAAUCUCUUGCAGCCAACAUCAUGCCCAACACUUCAAAAGAUGUAGCUGGAGAUAAGGUGUCUUGGUCGAAGAUCAAGCAUCUAGUCUACGAGAAGGAACAGCCCCACAUCGUGAAGUUUCGAUAUAAUUACAGUGACGAGCUGAGGGAGCUGAGGGUGUCUGCUUCUGCAAGGACAUCAAAGAAUCUGAGGCUGGAGGUUCUAUAUCCAGAACCACUGAUGAUCCAGAAAAAGAAAAAGGUUGACCUUGUCAAUCUGUGUGACACCAAUGUCAUACCUCGAGUUUUUCACAACUUUUACAGGAAUCUUCCAUCUCGAGAUGAUGACAGUGAUGAGAGUGAUGAUGACCUAUGCCAUGAAGAAUGAUUGUUCAUUAUGAGACUUUAACAUGAAUACUUUAUCUCAUUAACAUGUAAUUUUGAUUCCUUUUAAUGAAGGUAUGCUGCACAGCUUUGCAUAUGACUGGCUAGUAAACAACAGAUUUCUAUUUUGUUUUCUCAAAUAGAGCUCAUCUUAGACAGAGAGUGACGUUCCUUUCUGUCAUGUGGAUUUUUUCCCCUUCAUCUAAAAUUUUGCCUUUGAGAUCAAUUACUUUUCGUGCUAUUUACAGGAGUGUCAACCAGAAUAAUUAAUGUAUUAAAUAACUUGUCUUUUUUUCUACAGGGUUAUACAAUAGAAUUGAUAUGAAUGACUUGCUCAUUUGCAGAUUGUACAAACGAAUGGAUGUGAAUGACUUGUUUUUAUUCAAGUUUGAUAUGAAUGGAAUUACAUAUCUUUUUUCUACAGGUUGCACAAAAAACAAUAAAUAAAUACAAAUUGACUUGUUUGUACAUUUGAAUUCAUACAAAAUUAGACAGCUGUGCUCAACUCGCCAUCUGGAUAUACCGCACUCAGUGAGGGUUAUCCAGGGGUUCUUCUCACACAUGCAUUAUUUUGCCCUGAAUGAGCUAACUAGUGUACACUAUCUGUACUAUUGGACACAUUGGAUGCUAGAAAUUUGAAUGCCCUAUGACAUUUGUGUGUAUUGUAACCCCUGUGUGGUGAAAUUAGGUUGGCAAUGUUUGGC